AUGUCGAACCCACAGAACCCGCGCGCGGCCCCUUCCUACGGAGCGGGUAGUGACGCGCUUUCAAGUCAGGCGCCGUCGUACCCGCCACCCCAAUAUGCAGGGGGCUAUCCGUCUUAUCCCACGGAACACCGUUCACAGCCACUACAACAACAGCAGGUUCCCCAGCAGCCGGGCUAUCCACCUUCUUUCCCUGCACACGGUGGGAGUGCUCACGGCCCAUCCGCAGCUCCAGUGCCACCUCACUCCUCGCCCGACGCCCUCGACGCAGGAUCCUCCGCAGCGUACCCCUCCUUCCCAGCUUACGGCCACUAUCCUCCAGCACAACAACCAUCAUCACAACCACCAGCAGCGACUGCGAGAUCGGUCACGCCUUCGCACGCCUACGUCCCUCACGAAGCCACACGCGAGACGGUGGUGGACGAGGCUAUCGCCUCCACCUCAGAGCAUUGGGUGAAGACGCAGCUGCGACGUGAGACAGAGAAGAAAUUUGAGCAGAUGUACGGCACGAAGGCCCUCCGGCGAGAGCACGACGACACAAGGGCGGCGGACAGGGAUGACGGGUGUGCCCCCGAAAACCGACCUCGUCGCACCGCAGGCGCCGGCGUGGCGCCUUCUGGGUCGACGUACACCUCGCGCAGGCACGUCGAAUUCCACGUCGGCUCGCCGCGCCACGUCGUGUGCUUGUCCAUGCUCUUCUUCGCCACCCUGUUCGGUGUGCUCCCCCUCAUGUCAACCUUUCCUUUAACCGUGCUGCUGUGCGGUGUGGUGCUGGCGUACAUCUCCGACUACCUCGAUUAUCACCGCACGACGAUCUUUGUUAUUCUCGGCGCUGCCGGCCUCUUUGCGCUGUCGUUGCUGCUCUCCAACUUCAACGCGGCGGCCACCUCUUUUGGUCCCAUGCUGAUGAUUACGGACUUGGGCUUUCUCCUUGCGGUGAUCGUCGCAGCCGUUGUGCAGCACUUCCGGUGGGUGCAGGAGACAUUUCCGAACGUCCUCUGCGCGCUGGAGCGGCUGGUCUUCGCCGUCGGGCCGAUCGUGGCGCUUCCACCGCUGCUGGCGACCACCACGGCGCUGGCAGGCGCGCGCUAUGCCCCUUUCUUCUUCUUCCUCGUCAUGUGCACCUUGCACAGGUACUUCUACUGCCCACUCAAGAGUAGCUUUCUGGUUGUGGUGACGGCGGAGGCAGCUGCUCCAGCAGAGAAGCAGGAGUCACGCGCCGUGCAGGACGCUAGCGCUACCAUUGGGACCGUGCACGCGCGCAGGAGGGACGGUGCGGCGGACAACAACGCCCACGUGACGGCCCGCGACGACGAUGCGGAGGGCGACGACGACGGUGCGUCUUCGCAGGACUCCGCUGCAACCUCGAGCGGUGCCCCGAUGCAGCUGAACGAGCAGGCGGAGGCGCUCAUCUUCAGCUGCCUCCUUCUCAUUCUUCCCGUAGCCGUUUACAACAGCCUGCAGAGCAAUUGGCCUGACCACGUGCUCGCCAACGUGCUGAACUCGCUCGGCCUCGCUUGUGGCGGCUUCGCCUACUUCUGCGUGUCACCUGUGCAGAGUCUGUGGUUCCUCGCCUCGCCACCCGACAGCACCUACAAUCUGGCGCAGCAGCUGGAGUACGACCCGCUGGGCCUGAUGGACCUCGUCGGGACCUACCGCAUGCCCGUUCUGUCGGCGGUGCUGCUGGUUGGAGUGCACUGGGGGGUGUACCGCGUGUUCACCUCGCGCUACGCCUAUCUGUUCUCAGGAGUGCCUUUCCCCUUCAACGCGAUCGUGCUGCUGCUGGCGUUCUACAUCGCCGCUUACGUGGCCAUCGAGAUUAAGCGACUGAUCGACGUGGACCGCAGGGGCGGUGAUGUGACGAAGGGGAAGUACCUGGUGCGACGCACACCCGUGCUGCUCGGCUCCUGCGUCUCCGUCAUGCUGCUGUGCCUCCUGGCGAGUGUGCCGGGCAUUUUUUACGUCCCCAGCGUGCUGUCGGUGAUGGCACUCAACCUGUUCCUGCUGGACCGCACCAACGGCGGUCCCAUGUUCACCUUCACCGUCUUCACCAGCCUGCUGCUGCUCUGGUGGAUGUACCGCACCUACUCCUUCAUCGUGGUCGACCUGCGCGUCUUCGGCGAGCUGACGGUGGUGCCGACGCCGGUGGUGGCGGUGAGCGUGCUGUGGAGCUACGUGCUGGGCUGCAUGAGCUUCACCAUGUCGUUCUCACCUAACAAGACACCGCUCACCAUUGUUCUGUUCCUGCUAGCACUGCAGGUCACCUUCGUUGAGCACGUGCUGUACUCGCAGAAGGAGGAGGGCGUGUACCCGGCCCUUCUAGUGGCCUUCACGAGUGUCGUGGGCAUCGUCGUGCCGUGCCGCAUGCACGCCAACGGUGUGUUGCCCGUUUACUCGGCCUCCUUGAUCGCCUCCUGCUACGUGGCGAAGUUCUUCACGUUCCUGGUCGAAGUGACGAGCGCGUACUACGCCGCCGAGCUGGAAGUGGCAGAUGACAUGCACGACGUGCGCGCUUUCAUGCUGGUCGGGGAGAUCACCGGCGGGUGGUGGGUGGAGCUCAUCGCCAGCCAUCUCGUGGCCACCUUCGAAAUCGAAAAGCGGCGCCGCGUGAAAAUUGAGGCGGCGCGGCGGAUGUUCUACACUUACGCCGCCUGUGCGGUGGUCCUGUCGCUACUGACGAUGCGCAACGUGCAGCGCGCGGCCUACGAGUUUGUGACGCAGAGCUACGUCGCGGAGCAGGAGCUGCUGCACAUUGCGCCCGGCACCUGCUGCAUCACGUACGCGCUGCUGACCAUACCGGUGUGGUGGCGUCUGCAGUCCAAGUACCCAGCCGUGUACCCACUCCGCACCAUCUCGCGUUGGAUCGCACUGCUCGGCGUCGUCCUCAUCGCGGUCCAGCCCACGCGUGUAAUGGAGGAGACGGCGUCCGAUUUCGACUACGACUUUGCGUACGCACGCAGUGGGCGCUACGGGACUGCGAUUGGCUUGUUGAUGCUGGUGGGGGCUCGCAUGACCCUCCUGCAGCGCAUUUCGGCACCGUUACGGGUGGUCUGGUGGCUGGUCGCCGCGGCCGCGCUUGCGCUGGGCAUCACCGGUCUCGUGCAGGCUUCCCCAAGCUUCACCUUCUACCUGCUGAUGUUAGGUCUUGUCUUCACUGUGCUGCUGCUCAUCGACGUGGCGCACUACCGCGAAGUGAGUAGCAUGGUGCUGUUUGUGGUGUAUGGCGUGUCGGUCAUUAUGAUCCCCCUCGCGUUCCUCCAGUUCAACCGCUCCAUCGCAGCGCAGCAGGAGCUGCUCGGAAACGCGGACGAGCGCGUCGCCACGCUGUGGGACUCGUUUGAGCAGGGCAGCGUGCGACUCCUCGCUGUCGUCGUCGUUGUGCAUCUAGGGCUGGCGGUGCUUUUGAACUGCCGCAUCAGUGGCCGUCCGCUGUUGCCCAAGUGCAAGGAGGUCAGCCGCGAGUUCGCCAUGUCGCUCAGCGUCGCAUUGAACUUCUCCGUCGAGCUCGCCGUGGCGCUGCUGUGCGCCAUCAACUUCUACGCCAACGACAGCGAGCCCGCGAUUUACGUGCUGUCUUCCCUGUUUCUCCUCAUCUUCGUGAACGAUGACGUCAUGUUCUUCGGGCUUCGCGAGCACAACUUCCGUUACUUCCCGCCCGCGGUGUGUGCGUUUUCGCUGCUGUGGCUCUGCGCGGUGUGGGGCGCGUGGCGCGUAGGAGAGGCCUCGCUGUCGACCCUAUCGCAGCUGGGGUGGAUCGCCUCUGCCCUCCUGCAGGCGUCCCUCACCGUGCCGGCGCAGAUUUCGCUCCUUGUGCUUUUAUGGAAGGGCCGCAAGAUGGGCAGCUCUCCCGGCUUCGUCGUUGUCGGGUCGGUCGUACUCAACGUGCUGUGCUUGAUUUUUGUGUCGAGCAAGUCGAUUCAGUGGAUGGCGAUUGUGGGCAUCUUAGGGCAGUGUGCCCGCCUGUUUGAUAAUCAGCUGCGACCCACAACCCGUGUUGCGCGUCGAAACAGCUCACUCUAA